AUGAUGGGAUUGGGAAACGGGCGUCGGAGCAUGAAGUCACCACCACUCCUGUUGGCCGCUUUGGUGGCCUGUAUCAUCAUCCUGGGCUUCAACUACUGGAUUGCGAGUUCCCGGAGCAUGGAUCUCCAGACACGCAUCAUGGAGCUGGAAGGCAGGGUCCGCAGGGCGGCUGCAGAGAGAGGUGCUGUGGAACUGAAAAAGAAUGAGUUUCAGGGUGAGCUGGAGAAACAACGGGAGCAGCUUGACAAAAUCCAGUUGAGCCACAACUUCCAGCUAGAGAGCGUCAACAAGUUAUACCAGGAUGAAAAGGCAGUUUUAGUGAAUAACAUCACCACUGGGGAGAGGCUCAUCAGAACACUACAAGAUCAGCUAAAGGCCCUCCAGAAGAAUUACGGCAGGCUGCAGCAGGAUGUUCUCCAGUUUCAAAAGAACCAGAGCAACCUGGAGAGGAAGUUCUCCUAUGACCUGAACCAGUGCAUCAAUCAGAUGAAAGAGGUGAAGGAGCAGUGUGAAGAGCGGAUAGAGGAAGUCACCAAAAAGGGAAAUGAAGCCGUAGCUUCCAGGGACCUGAGUGAAAAAAGAGAACAAAGUCAGCAGCUGCAAUCCCUCAGUGAGCCUCGGCCCAGGUCACAGGAAGCAGGUUCGCUGCAGGCAGAGGUACUACAAGGGAAAGGAAACGUACUCAGCAACACCGAUCCCCAGACACCAGCCCCCAGUGCUGAAAUAACUUUGGAUUUGAAGAGACAAGAUGAGAAGGAGGAAACCAACGAGAUUCAGGUUGUCAGCAAGGAGGAAACUAAGAGGCUCAGCCUGGGAUUGCCGCAAGAGCCAGGCCAAGAGCAGGCUACCGAAGACAACACGCUCAUGAAGGGAAGAAAUGUUGGGGAAGCCAGAGAACUUGGCCAAACUCCAGAGGUGCCAGCUGCUCUAUUGACAAGCCAGGAAAAUACAGAGCCUGAGGACCCUGAGCGAGACCAGCUCAUCAUCAGCGAGGGCCAGGAGGAGGAAGAGCAGGAUGCUGAGGAGCAAGGGAGAAACCAGCAAAAACUGGGAGGAGAUGAUAACUACAACAUAGAUGAAAAUGAGGCCGAAUCUGAAACAGAGAAGCAGGCUGCCCUUGUGGAGAAUGACAAAAGCCUAAAUGUAAUUAAUGCUGAAGACAAAAAAAGAGACACCAGAAAUUUACCUGAUCAACGUGAAAAGAGGAAUAACACUCUCUGA